AAAAAAAACGUGGUGCUCCUUGUAGCUUAUCGCUACUGUAUAUUCCGUUUUAAGGAAGAUCCAUUCAUAAUAAUGACUUGUUUUAAUAGGAAAGAAUUUACGUAUAAAAUUAAAAGCCUUUUUUUUUUAAAUUAAUCAUCAAUUUCUGCCAGUGAAAGUUUUUAUUCUAGAAAACUAGUGCCAUAGAAUGACUAACCUAUAAAAGUGGUUUACUUUAAAACGGACUAAAUAUGUGUACUGUAUGUCAGACCGAGGCUACAUUCUUUAUAAACUUUCAGGCAAAAUAUUUUCCAGAUGGGUAAGGGUAUAUUAUUGUGGAACUGUCUCUAAAGAAGGGAUGUAGGUAAGAGUUAUACAACAACAGGUUGUAAUCGAAAUUGCGCCUUUAUUCGAAUAAAGGCGCCUUUUUUUUAAAUGCGACCAUCUAUUCUCAAAAAUUGUGACUCUAUAAAACUUACAACCUCAGUCUAACAUAGAUAUUUGUAUAAACGUUCUUUUUUUUCAAUUAAUAUCAUAAUUAUGCAUAAAAUUUAUUGCUUAAGAUAUCCAUUUAAACGAAUAUCUCCCGGUAAAAAAGGAUAUUAAUGAAGAAUACCAAACCUAUUAAAUAGUGCAUAAUAAUUAAUUGAAAAAUAAACAAGAGAUAUAUUGAAACUAUAAAAUUGUACGUUAAUUGUCAGGAUGUACUGUAUGAAUAGUAAUGUGAUGUGAUUUUAUACCUUGUAUUGUCUUAAAAAUUCUGCUCAACCGAGCAAAAGUAACACGAGUAAUAUAAAAUGAACUGUUGCCUUAAUAAAUGUAUUCUAUUUUGAGAAUAACUUGCGUAGCGUUAGCUUUACUUUUUUGUUUAAAAAUAAAUACCUUAUGACAGAGCAGUUGAAAAAAUUGAGUAGUUUCUCUUUUUAUGAAUAUGAGCGAAAUUAUGCGAUUUGUUCGAUUACGUUUCAUGCACUAAAGUUCUAUUCUCCGUAUACAGAGUGCUUUAACAAUUGAUAAUAAUUCUUUAAGAAAAACUAUUAAAAAGAUACCCGAAAAAGCUUAUUGUCUUUUAAAGAUUGUCAUCCGAGACCACAAUUAGAAGCACACAAUCGGUUCGUUAAAGCAAUUGUUCAGUCAUAGCGCGAUUUUUUUUUUGAAGAUGGCAGAGAAAUUGAGUAAAAGACUACUAAUACACUCAGCAACUCAGAUUGUCCAAAUAAUUGACAAUCAAAAUGAAUUCUUAACCGGCGACUGUAUGAAAACUGCAAAAAUUCUAAACGAAACUGAAAACUCUGGAUGUUGUUUGAUAGUUGGAUUGGAUGGGAAUAUAGAAGAUAUUGGAUAUAAUAAAGAUAUUUUGAAUAAAUAUGAAAAAUCGAAUUUUGAAAAGAUAAUAGACGCUUCUGGGAAAAGUAUUAUACCGGGUUUUAUAGACGCUCACACGCACGCUGUUUGGAGUGGGGAUCGAGUUCACGAGUUUGUGUUAAAGCUUGCAGGAGCGAGUUAUAUGGAAGUACAUAAUGCUGGUGGGGGUAUAAAUUUCACUGUUGAUCACGUUAGAAAGGCAACAGAAGACGAACUUUUAAGCUCAUUAAGAGAUUACUUACGAAAAAUGAUGGAAUGCGGAACUACAACCGUCGAGAUAAAAAGUGGAUACGGAUUAGAUCUAGAAAACGAAAUAAAAAUGUUAAAAGUUAUAGAAAAAGCUAGAAAACUUGUCCCAAUUGAUAUUGUUUCAACAUAUUGCGGCGCUCAUUCUAUCCCCAAGGGAAAAACUGCUGACGAAGCCGUUGAAGACAUAAUAAGCAAUCAAAUACCACAGAUUGAUAAACUAAUUAGGGAUAAUAUUUUAAAUGUCAAGAACAUUGACGUUUUCUGCGAAAAGGGAGUAUUUAACGUUGAGCAAACUAGAAGGAUGUUAAAUGCUGGAAAAUCGAUUGGACUCCAAAUUAACUUUCACGGCGAAGAACUUAGUUUGCUGGAAUCGGCUAGUAUGGGAGCAGAUCUUGGCGCUCGUGCUAUCAGUCAUUUAGAAGAAAUUUCGGAACAAGGGAUUGAAAAGAUGGCUGAAAAGUCGACAGCUGCUGUCCUCCUACCGACUACAGCUUAUACCCUUCGUUUGAAACGUCCACCGGCAAGGAAAAUGAUAAAGGCUGGAAUUCCUUUGGCUUUAGGGAGUGACUUUAAUCCAAAUGCCCAUUGCUUCUCUAUGCCAAUGGUUAUGAAUUUAGCAUGCGUAUUAUUUGAGAUGUCAAUGAACGAAGCGCUUGUAGCAAGUACAUUGAAUGCGGCCUAUUCUCUAGGUCUUUCAAAGACGCAUGGUUCUUUACAAACAGGAAAAUUUGCCGACUUGAUUAUCCUGGAUGCUCCGAGAUGGGAACACUUGAUAUAUCAAUUAGGAAGUCAUUCUUAUCUUAUAGAGGCUGUAAUUAAAAAAGGAGAAGUUAUUUACAACAAAGCGUAAAAUUAUUAAGAAGAAAUCUUAUUAAUAUAGCUUCUUAUUAAUUCUUUAGCUUAGAAAUUGUUUUCCAAUAAACACUAUCCAUAUUUGAAAAAGAGUUUUUA